CUCUCAAAUGGCAGAGCCUCACUCCACCACCACCGCCUCUCACCCUCCUCAAUCCUCCCAAACCCUAACCCCCAAUUUUUCUCACUCUCCCUCUCCUCUCCGCCGUGAAAUCGACCCUCCUGAACCCGCCGAAGACGAUGAGCCGCUCUGUAUUCCCGGUUCGAAACUCGUCCGAACCGGGUUCGCACACUCCGAUUGCUCCGAGAAUGAGGUUGUGAUGUUUGUGAAUGCUGGAGGGGAGGCUUUGUUGGAAGCUAGUGACGUCGGUUUUCGUGUCGAGGCUGAUAGGUUUUUCCAAGGAGGGAAUGUUAUAAGGACUGAUGAGACCAUUGAAGGGAGUGAUGUGCCGUCCAUUUAUCAGUCUGCACGUUUUGGGGAUUUCGCUUAUCGGUUUGAGAGCCUGUCUCCUGGAGAUUACUGUGUGGAUCUUCAUUUUUCGGAGAUUGUAUACACAAAUGGUCCGAAAGGGAUGAGGGUGUUUGAUGUCUUCUUGCAGGAAGAGAAGGUUAUGUCCGAAGUUGAUGUCUUUUCUCUAGUUGGAGCAAAUAAGGCACUGCAGGCUGUGGACGUCAGGGUGUCUGUAGGGGAGGAUGGGGUACUCAUAAUAAGGUUUGAAGGAGUGAAUGGAAGUCCAAUGGUUAGUGGAAUUCGUAUAAAGCGAGAAAAAUUAGCAGCAUCAGAGAUGAAACAUGGAACUCUUGUGUGUAACAAUUGUGCUGCAGAGUUAGAAAUCUCUUCUGGUCAGGAAAAGUAUAUAAGGAUGCAGUUUAUUUCCAAGUAUGAAAAGAAGAUAGAAGAGCUGAAGACCUGGUUUCAGCUCAAAACAGAUGAAUGUCAUGAAGCGUGGAUGUCACUGACAGCAGCAAACAAACAGCUACAGGAUGUCACCAUGGAACUUGAUAACAAGUUAUAUACAAUUCAUUGUCUAGAUCAAGGGAGGGAAAAAGCUGAAGCCAGCCUCAGAGAUAUAACGGGUCAAUAUGAACAGGAUAAGUGGAUGUGGACUGCACUUGUUGACAAAUUAGAAAAGGAAUUCAAAUUGAUGAAGCAAGAAUAUUAUCAGCUAUUUAGUGAAGUGCACAAGUGUGCUGAUGCAAUUCCAGAGUUGAGCAAUAUGGUAUCUGCAGUUCAAGCAAUGGUCACACAGUGUGAGGAUUUGAAGUUUAAGCUGAGCGAGGAGCAGGGUAAAAGGAAAAUACUUUAUAACCAACUUCAGGAGGCUAAAGGGAACAUCAGGGUGUUUUGUCGGUGUCGCCCAUUAAGGAUAGAAGAGUCAUUGGCUGGGCAUGCAACUGUUGUACAUUUUGAUGCAGCCAAUGAUGGAGAGCUUGGUAUACAUUCAAGUGGCCUUAGUAAGAAAAUAUUCAAAUUUGACCGUGUUUACACACCAGAGGAUGAUCAAGUUGAUGUAUUUGCAGAUGCUUCACCUAUGAUAGUUUCAGUAUUAGAUGGCUACAAUGUUUGUAUCUUUGCAUAUGGUCAAACAGGGACAGGAAAGACAUUCACAAUGGAAGGUCCCGAGUCUAACAGAGGGGUCAACUAUAGGACCUUGGAACAGUUAUUUCUAAAUGCUGAGGAGUGAAAAGAAACCAUCACAUACAGCAUAUCUGUUAGCGUGCUUGAGGUCUAUAAUGAACAAAUCAGAGACUUGCUAGCCACCUCUUCUACAUCGAAAAGGUUGGAGAUGAGGCAAGGUUCUGAAGGCAUUCAUCACAUACCUGGAGUUAUUGAAGCAAAAGUAGACAACAUAAAGGAGGCCUGGAGCAUUUUGCAAGCUGGAAGCAAUGCAAGGGCAACAGGAUCAAACAAUGUGAAUGAACACAGCAGCCGAUCUCAUUGCAUACUUUGCAUAUUGGUAAGAGCAAAGAAUUUGAUGACUGGUGAUUGCACCAUGAGUAAGCUUUGGCUUGUAGACCUUGCUGGCAGUGAGAGGCUGGCAAAAACUGAAGUUCAAGGGGAACGCCUCAAGGAAGCUCAAAACAUCAAUAGAUCUCUAUCGGCUCUUGGUGAUGUCAUCUCUGCUUUGGCAGCGAAGAAAAGUCACAUUCCGUACAGGAAUUCCAAGCUCACACAUUUACUUCAAGACUCCUUGGGUGGAGAUGCUAAAACUCUGAUGUUUGUCCAAAUUAGCCCUUCGGAGCAGGAUCUCAAUGAGACUUUAAGUUCUCUAAACUUUGCAGCACGGGUUCGGGGUGUUGAAUUAGGUCCUGCAAGGAAGCAAGUGGACAUGGGUGAGGUUCAAAAGCUAAGAAACCAGAUUGACAAGCUAAAGCAAGAGUUGAGAUCUAAAGAGGAUGCUUUCAAAAAAUUAGAAGAAAAUUUCCAGAAUCUAGAAGGAAAGGCCAAAGGUGAUUAUCAGAUGUGUAGAAGCCAACAAGAUAAGAUCGUUGAGCUUGAAAAGCAUAUUGCUUUGAAGAUAGAUCUAUCCAGAACACUGGAAAACCAGUUGUUACAAGCAAAUGAAAAGGGAGAAGCCUGCCUGGAUCUUCAGAAAAAGGUCAAAGAGCUUGAGAACAAGCAGAAUGAACGUGAGCAGGCAUAUCCCACAAUUCUUCAAAACAAGGUGAAAGAACUUGAGAACAAGUUAAAAGAAAGAACUCAAGAGCUUGAGCACCACUCAGCAGUUGCUCAAUGGAAGGUUCAGGAACUUGAAGAAAAGUUGGCAAUGAAGGAAAACGACAAAGGGCUCAAAUUGCUUCAACAAAAGGUAAAAGAACUUGAAGAAAAGUUGAGACAGCAAGAACAAGAACAAGCAUCACUAGCAAUUUAUAAUGAAAAGUCAGAAGCCACCCCUAAUCAAAACCCACGCUUGAGACUUGAGACUGUUGGCGAUGUCAAUCCCCUUAGUCAAAGGAGCUUCAGCUAUACUAACCAAAUGACAGACAAUGGGUCUGCCCUGCUCAAAGUUCCUGAAUCGCUUCACCAGAUUAGGAGAAAAAGAGAGUUCCGAAGCAAAGGACAUGAGAACAAUUUCACACUGCCAGCUGCAUUGACUGGUGGGAAAAUGUUUGCAGAUGAAUCAAACAGAGGAAAGUCUGGAACGCAGAAAGCAUUGGCUAGGAUCACGAGAAGUAUAAAACCAGCAUCUACUCAGAAAUCAUUCCUUCACAACAAAAAUGAGAGAGAUCAAGUUCCAGCAGUCAAGUCAAAGAUCUGGUUGAGAUGAAAGAAAAGCUUCAUCCUACUGGUUUGCACUAUCUAGGUGUUUGUCUCAACCUUUUUGUUAGUGAAUGAUUGAGGAAUGCGAUCUGAUUGCCUUGUAGAGAUUAUACAGAGCAUGAUGGCAUUUUAUAACAGGAGCCUUUUUACGCAUCGGGUGCCUUCCAUUUGAGACAAUAGAAUUACAAUGACAUAGUGAAUUUAGUUGCAGAUCCAGCACCAACUUCUUCACAAGUCCUAGAGUAGUUUUCCAGAGAGACAUUUGUAACUCUAGGACUUGCACUAGGACUUGAGAACACAUUUGGAACUUGAACAACUA